CUUCCCUCCAGGAUGAUGGCACAGGCGUCUGGAAAUAACGGCGUUCCUCUGUCCUUCCUUCGCAGGAAUUUUCACGUCCCUCAAGGACUUUCGUUGGGCGACUACCUCGGCGAGCGAAUAUCGCAAGCCUCCAAUAUUUCGACCCUCCUCGACUGUCUUCCCAAUACCGCUGAACCUGCCAUCUAUUCACCAGACACCACGCUCCUUCCACUCAAACAUGCUGUCAUACGCACAUUCGUUUCCGAGUUCGUACUUCCGCACUCACCGUUGCGUCCCGGCCUCGGGCGUAACGAUAGAGUCAUGGUCGCUCUCCCAACUGGACCAGAAAACGCCCUCGCCCUCCUUGCCCUGGCAGCCUACCACACUUGCGCCCCAGUAAAUGCCAAUGCUACCGCGACUGAAAUCCUUGAAGACGCUCGGCGAUUGAACAUCAAGGCUAUCGUCACCACACCUGACGCCGAAGGCCGGCUGGAAUUGCAUCAACUUCAGCAAGCUCUCAAUUGCGAGGUCAUUUUCAUCACACCUCGACGCUCUGGUGUUGCUGGUCUAUUCGAUAUGCAGCUUAUGGGAGGAAUUACUCCGGAGUAUUCACCCGAGCGCGCGGCACUCCACCGACUUGGGGAUACAUCCCUCAUCCUGCAUACCUCUGGCACGAGCGGGACCAAGAAGGUCGUCCCUUACUCCCUUAAAUCUCUCAUCGUGGGCACCUGCUGCGUCAUCCAGUCCUGGGACCUUCGUAGCUCAGACGUCAAUAUGAACAUGAUGCCUCUUUUCCACGUUGGAGGUAUCGUGCGCAACCUGCUCGCGCCCAUCUUGUCCGGAGGUAGCGCGAUCAUGUGCUUUAACUUUGACCCAAUCGCGUUUUGGAGUUUGGCGCCGCUUCUAAGGGCCACAUGGUACUACGCCGCCCCUACCAUCCACCACUCCAUCCUGACGGCCAAGCCAGCUAUCUCGUUUGAUGAUAUCCGAAUUCGCAUGAUUUGCAACGCUGCCGGCGGUUUGUUGCCUUCUUUGGCUCUGGAAAUGAAGCAGGUCUUCCGCCAAGCCGUCAUCUUGCCAUCCUACGGCAUGACCGAGUGCAUGCCCAUCGCGACGCCUCCAACAAACUACCAAUUGGACAGACCAGGCUGUUCAGGAAUAGCCUGUGGACCCUACCUUUCUAUCCGAAACCCCGUCGAUUUAGAGAAGGAAUUGCCGGCUGGGGCGACCGGGGCUAUCUGUGUGCGAGGCUUGCCCACUUUUGAGGGAUACGAGGUGUCUCCUGACCCCUCCGUUCCCUUGAGUACGUCGGCGUUCUCUUCUGAAGGAUGGUUCGAUUCUGGUGACGUUGGGUACAUGGACCGAGACGGGUACCUAUACGUCACCGGUCGCUCUAAAGAGAUUAUCAACAGAGGCGGAGAAGUGAUAUCUCCCUUCGAGAUCGAAGAAGCCAUCGCGACGUCAUGCAAGACACAUGUCAAGAACGUCCUGGCCUUUGCAGUAUCACACGACGUGCUUCAAGAGACGAUUGGAGUCGUCAUUGUUCCCGCGGAUGGCCAGCCUCGCAUCUCCCUUCAUCAACUCAACGACCUUCUCCAACACAAGCUCCACCCUUCAAAAUGGCCCUUUGUUGUCGUUUACAUGAACGAUGUCCCGAAAAACAAUGCAGGAAAGCCUCUACGAAUCAAGCUAGCCACUCGUCUCUCGCUGCCGACCUUCACGGACAAAAUCACAAUGCUACAACGUCACUUUGAAGCGACGUUAACUUCCGCCACAAGCUCGUUAUCGGAUCCUAUCCUAUGCAGCCAGGUCAAGGUUCACAUCCCCACUAUCGAAAACGCCCUCCUCCAAAUUCCAAGAAUCAGGCAAGCCGCGGUUCAAGCACGCGGAAACACCUCCAUCGACGCUUACGUCUCACUCGAUCCUAGCGACAUGUCCACCCUAUCUCUUGACGAUGUUAAGACCCGGCUGGCCACACUUAUUCAUGGUUACUCUAUCCCCGACGCGAUCUUCUCCGUGUUCUGCCCCCUCUAUCGAAAACCGUCCGGGGACGUGGACUUCAAACGGAUCGAGGAAGAGGUGGCUAGAAGAAAUGCCUCCAACAUGACCGCGACCGAAGUCAUGGUCCGUGAUAUCAUUGCGCAGAUGCUUCUCCUGGAGCCCGGUGCCAUCACCAAAGACUCGGACUUUUUCCUUCUCGGGGGAAACUCGCUCCUAACCGGGAAACUCUCGCACCAAAUAAGGAAACAGACGACUAUCUCCCUCGCCGCGACCGAUUUGUUCUCUAACAGCACCGUGGCGGGAAUCGCGUCCCUCAUUGAUCAAGGGGAGAAGGAACCACCCAAGACGCUCAAGUCCAAGCAGUCAACGCUGUCGAAUAUGUCGUUCGUUUCGGAGAAGGACAAGUAUCGACUGUCGACGCUUUCCGCCAUGACAGCAGUGCACGAACUCAACCUUCCGGUUCUUGACGAAGACCAGACGGAAACUUACCCACCUCGCAGGCGAGGUCAAAAUCAUCCACUCUGCCUGAUAUUCCAAGCCAUUCCUUUCACAUUUUUCUAUCCUCUCAAAACUGCUCUCGCUUGGACAAUGCUUCUUUUUGUUCUCGCACACCUCGCUCGUUACCUUCACACUACCUAUUGGACUCGGAUGGUCGGACUGGUAUCCGCCAUCAUCAUUGCUCGUUUGACCACGAGAGUUGUCUGUCCCUUAUUCGCGAUCAUCUUCAAGUGGAUUGUCAUUGGCAAAUAUCAACCUGGCGUCUAUCGGACGUGGUCAACUUACUACCUACGCUGGUGGAUCGUCAAUCAGAGCUUACGAGCCGCAGGCAGAGGCGUGUUUGCCAUGCAUCCCAAGCUCCUGGUCCUCUAUUACCGUCUUCUCGGAGCAAAGAUCGGAAAAGAUGUCCAAAUCGACCCUUCAGCCCAGCUCGGAGAAUGCGACCUCCUCACCCUUCAAGACGGUUGCCGAAUCGAUGCUGCUGUUGUUCGUGGCUUCUGCGUGGAACGUGACAGAUUCAUUCGUCUCGACCGAAUUGUCAUUGGCGCUCGGGCUGUGUUGAACACCUAUACCACCAUCGCACCUGGGGCAAUCCUACCGGAUGGGGCGGUCUACGGCCCACAUGCGAGCUCCCAUGAUUUGCCUUCUCCCAGGUCGUAUGCUGCAUACAACAGAACGACGUUCGCGAAGCCGCAUUGGUUGCUCCAGGUCCUGUUUGCUUACCCAAUUUUCGCGAUUGUGAUCUUCAUCUCCUACAUCCCUUGGUUCUUCUUCAUCUGGCUCAUGAUCCAAGAGACCAUCGUCGACAACUCGGACUCCAACAGCGCCGUCGACUCCGUCAUCAAGUGGUUCUCGGACCCGACUCGCGUGCUCUAUCAUUUCUGUGCUCGAAUGGUCCACGUCGUCCUCCGGCCGCUUAUUCACGUCUUCGUCUCCAUCCUCGUCAAGCGUAUGCUCGGGCUGAACAAAGAGUGUAAAGCCAAGGAUACUACGCAGUUGAUGUUGUUCAGACGUUAUGUCAAUUCGGUCUUGCUCUCAAAGCGGGCGUUGAAGAAUGCCUUCUCGAUCUUGGGCACACACUACGAGACUGUAUCGAUUAUUUACCGUCUCAUGGGUGCAAAGAUCGGACGAAGAAUUUAUUGGCCCGGCUCUGGAAUCUACUGUCUAGAUCCUGAGCUCCUUGAAAUUGGAAACGACGUGGUGUUUGGAUCUCGGUCUGAGCUUUACACUACUGAUAGUCUGGGGUCUGCGAAGAUCGUCAUCGGCGAUGGAGCUAUGAUCGCCGACCGGGUCGUUCUACUUCCAGGCACUAGGGUGGGACGUCGAACAGUCAUGGGCUCUGGGGCACUAGGAAAGGGAGGAAAGGAAGCCUAUGAAGAUGGUUCCAUCUGGAUGGGCAAUGGCAUGGGUAACGCCAUUCGUCUCAGCCACGGCUCCAAACUCGAUAUGUCCGCUUCUACCACUCCCUCGACCAGUACCAGGACCCUGAACACGGGCACGGAAGACCUAACCACCCCCUUCGGCCGCGCCUUCUACAAACGCCAAGCACCCUACUUUGUCUACCCCUACUGGCUCAUCGUCGUCAUCAACGUCCUCUGCGCGAUCCUCACUGCGGCAUACUGGUCUGUCGCGGCCGUUGCUGCUGCGCAAUUCCUCCGCCUCAUCGUCGACAACGUCCCCGACGCCCGCCUAUUCCGCAAGUCCUGGUACCGAUUCGGACUUUUGUAUGGCAUGGUGGCCCUCUCCUUCGUCGUGAUCCUCAAGAUCCAGGCUAUUCUGUCCCUGCUCUGGGUCAUAGCGACCAAAUGGAUUAUCAUCGGUCGGCGACAGGAGGGUCAGUUCGAUUGGGACAAGAGCAGUUAUUGCCAGAGGUGGCAGCUGCAUUUGGUGUUGUCGAGGGUGGUGUUCAAGGGCUACGGGAAUGGGGGCGUUUUGGCUUCGUUUACGGGCUCGGCGUACUUUGUGUGGUACUUGAGGGCGCUUGGAGCGAAGAUUGGGAAGGAUUGUGGUAUUUACGUUGGAGGGAGGAUGGGACUUAUGACUGAACCUGAUCUCGUUGAGCUGGGCGAUGAGGUCAACCUCGACAACUGUUCGGUCGUGGCACACAUCAACUCGCGUGGUCAUUUCUCUCUCAACAGCCUCAAGAUCGCCGAAGGCUGCGCACUGCGCACAGGCUCUCGCCUCCUCUCCGGCGCGUCCAUGGAACGCCAAAGCAUGCUCUGCGAACACACCCUCCUCUCCUCCGGCGAGGUGGCCGAAGAAGGUGCGACCUACGCCGGCUGGCCAGGCAAGAAACUCGACCCUGCAAAGGCGGCUGGUGGUGGCGGCGGAGCAGGCUCAGCGUCUGUGGACAGCUUCGUGGAGAACCACGCUGCUGUGUUCAUGUGCCACAUGUGUAGGCAGAUGCCGAAGGAUGCUGUUGUGACGGAUUGUGGGCACUUGUUCUGUGAAACUCGCCUGCUUCUGAGCCCCGAGUUGACGCCUACUGUCGCUCGACCUGUGGUCGGGACAAUCCCGAAGUACAAAUGCUCCGUCUAA